AUGGGGUGGUCCGCUGAGUCGAAGGUGCCCGCCAAGAAGGGAAAGAAGAAAGAAGUGCUGGAGGCCAAGGAGGGCCUCCGCCGCAAGGUUCGUCCGGGCAAUCGGUCCGGAGACGCUGCGGCCUCAUCCGUGCAGGAUGGGGGCGAGGAUGAGGACGAGGACAAGGAGGAGAGUGCCUCCUCGCACUCCAAGAAGAGGGCGGCCUCCGAGGACAUCAAGGAGGUCCAACCUUCUAUGGGCCCAAAGAGACGAUGCCGGCCCAAGUUGGUUCAGUCCGACAAUUCAGACUCUCACACGGAGUCCGAUCUGUUCGAGAAGGUUCCAGAGAAGGAACCUAGGGUCAAGCCCCCGGCCAGCAGUCCCCCACAUGAACGCCACACCGAGCAAACUUCGGAGGGGACGUCUCCGCCCGCCGAACUGGCAGACAGUGGGUCUAUGGCGCACUCCGUGCCUCCUCUGAUCCCCGAAGAGGUCGAGGAGGUGCGGUCCCAAAGGACUCCUCCUCCCCCGAACACAAAGGGGGAGGCGGACGCCGUAAUGGCCGAGGCAUCUUCCAUGGCUGCAACUGCUAAUGCCGCAGCACUAGAGGAGAUGGAUCGGAAGCUCAAGCUUUCCGAUAAAGAGCUUGACCUUGUCAACAAACGGCUUGACGAGGCACAAGCCGCCGCCGCCGAGGUCGAUGGCUUGAAGGAGGCCCUAAAGAAAGCCGAGGCCGAGGCGGCCAAGAAGAAGAUCACCGCUGAGAAAGCGGUGGUCGAGCUUGAGAAGGCCAAGCUUGCUGCUGAGCAGCACGAGGCUCGGGUGACUGAAGUCCAAGUGGAGCUUCAGGAUGCCGCCAAGAAACUAGAGGCCCUUGAGAAGGGUAGGAGGAGCAAUCCUCCCGGCUAUCCAAGGCGGAGAAAGAGCUCCAGGAGGCGAGGACUGACGCGCGAGGUGUCCGAGUGGAUCUCCGCCAAGCCACGCAAAUUGCAAAUGGCGUCGUUGCUGGCUGCAACCUCCCACGCUGCCGAAGUCUUCGGACUGAAGCAGAUUCUGGAGCGGGCCGAGGAAGAGUUCAGCCGUGUAAAAAAGCAGCUAGAGGACAAGCAAGUAUCAUGA